GGGAUGAAGCAGCAGUGUAACACAUCACUGAUGAACGGCUAACCGCAACAUCCCGGCAUCCCAUCAUCCUAAAAUGUCAUGUUCUUCUAUUUAUUUCAAAGAUAAACUGACAACCUAUCUAAUGUGCACUCCGUAAUUCCGUGUGGGAUUUUAAGUGUUUUGCUCAAGGAGGGAAAGACUUGGCCCACAUGGGCAGUGUUCUAGCUCUGUCCUCCAACCCAGGUCAGAACUGGCCGUUCUCCACAGAGCCUGCUCCUUCUCGCUGGGAUGCACAUCCUGCACACUGGGACAACCCUCCGCGCUGGGAGAGAAGAGAUGGGCGCUUACCUAACCCUGGCAGCUUUCACUCUUUGCACAGAAGCUGCAAAGAGGUAUUUCCUCAACAGAUUGAGGGAGUUAAGAUGAUUCUUGAUAAAACCUUGAGUAGUUUCUUUAAGGUAAGUCACACUCUUCAUCUUAGUGCUGUUAGUCCUUCUUAUUACCGAUUCCAUGUUGAGCAUUUGCAAACAGAUGAUAACAGCAAAGACAAGGAUGCCCCAGCAUUAAUUGGUGAGAUGGAUUCUUCUGGGAGUCUCAAUGCUCAUGCUUUGUUGCAUCUAACUGAACGUGUGAGAGCAAGGACAGUCUUUCAGACUCAACAAUCCCAGUUUGUAACAUGGCAAUUUGAAACAGAGUACAGGGGAAAUGACUUUACAGCUGCAGUGACUGUAGCUAAUCCAGACAUCCUUCAUGAGUCAGUCAUCCUUGUAGCACACUUUUUGCAGAGUGUUUCGUCAGGUCUUGUUUUAGGAGGUGAGCUUGUCUACCAUCGUGGCCGAGCAGAGGAAGGAGGAAUUGUGACUUUGGCUGGACAAUAUUCGAGGCCGAACUGGGUGGUGACACUUAAUGCUGGCAAAGGAGGAGCCCAUGCAAGCUACUAUCACAGAGCAAACAAACAAAUUCAAGUCGGGGUGGAGUUUGAAGCGAGCACAAGGACUCAAGAGACAACAACCUCAUUUGGAUACAAGAUGGAGCUCCCAGAGGCCAACAUGGUCUUUCGUGGAAUGGUGAACAGUCGGUGCAUCAUAGGAGGAGUGUUGGAGAAGCGUCUGACCCCACUUCCUGCCACACUCAUUAUGGGUGCCUUUGUGAAUCAUAGGGGAGACAAGCUUCAAGUGGGCCUUGGUGUCAAUGUAGGAUGAUUUCACAAUUUGCAGGAACACUUUUAUAAAUUAAUUUACUGGAGAACUAUGUGACUUUUCUGUGGACAUCAGGGAUGGUUAAU